UAGUUACAAACAUUUCAUCAUGACCCCACCCACUUGGGAGUUGCCAGCUUUAGCAACAUUAAAUCUCUGUUGUGUCACAUUCUAUGAUGACUGUAGUGACAAGUGUGUUGGUCUUUUCUCCAACUGUGCGAACUUGAAGAAUCUCACCUUAAAGAAUGUUACACUGGUGGGCUUGAAUGAAUUCGUUAUAUGCCAUCCUGGACUAUCAAGUCUAACACUUGAAGAUGGAUCUGAGCAUGUCAAUGUGGUUACACCUCAACUCAAGAAUCUCGUUAUAAAAUAUUGUCAACGGAUACAUCUGAUUUCUGCGCCCAACCUUUCCUCCUCGCAUUUUGAACAUCAUUAUUAUAUCUUGGACAUUUCUGCAGACCUUCCCCAUUUGGAGAAGGUGGAUAUACGUAUUCUUAAUCUCGAUGUAGAUUUGGCAAAUUAUCAUAAAAUGGUGCCUCUCCUUCAACGGGUUCAUAGUGUCAAAUUUCUUACACUGAACUCGGAAAUUAUCGAGUUUCUUUCUUCAUCCGUGGAACUAAUCUCAAAUCAACCUUCUCCAUAUGCCAACUUAAAGAGUGUAAAGAUUUAUCCUUUUAGUGUUAGCGAGGAGGAUCAACCAGAACCAAAUGGAACUAUGUCUACUGAAGUAAAAAACUAUUUUCUAGAUAGUUCUCCAGGUGCGACCCUCACAAUAUAUGGUUUCACAUGAGUUUUCUGCAGGAGAUUAUAGCUGCGAUGAAUGUUGUAUCAGCACACAAGCUUAUGAGAAAAUUGCAGGUGGUGUUAGAUCAGCUGAAAGAAAAUAGUGAAACAGACACGACUAAUAUGGAGCAAGUGGAAGUUGAGAACCAUAGGGCACACCAAGACAUGAAAGUGAAAUGGCAAUUUGGGGUAAGAAUGGCACAUAUCAAGAGCUAUUGGAAAGAUCUGAAUGAGCAGAUGGAGAACGGUUAUAAAACUACUGGUUGCAUAUGUUCAAUGUUGCAUAGGAUUAAAGGAGUACUGAGAAAGCUGCCUGCAUCAGAUCGUGCUAAGCUGCAAACAAGGUUUUCUGGUUUGUGUCUAGAGGCUGACACCCUCAUGGAUUAUAUGAUGGAUCGUAUGAAGGAUCAAUGUGAUAACAAACCGAGAUGUUUGAAUGUCUACUCUCAUUAACUUGCUACAACAUCACAACAGCCUUACUGGCAAAUUGUAAUUUCUUAAUUUUGCAUAUACUCGCAUCUGAAUCUCAUAAUUCUCGCAAAGCUGUAAGUAUUUGAAAAUUAAAAAUGUUAAGUAUAACCAAAAGGCUUGGUUGGUUGGAUGCUAAGUGCAUUAUCUGAUUUUUAGAUUCAAAUCUCA